AUGUCUAAGCCAUCGGUCGGAUUUGUUGGCCUGGGUGCCAUGGGGUUUGGCAUGGCAACCCACCUUGUGAAAGAAGGGUACCCCGUGCACGGAUUCGAUGUCUUCCCUGCCUCCGUUGAAAAGUUUAAGGCAGCUGGUGGAAUUCCAGCUUCAUCAUUGCAAGAAUCUGCCAGCGAUAAGAUGUACUAUAUUUGCAUGGUCGCAUCUGCCCCGCAGGUUCAGAGUGUUCUGUUUGGUGAAGGCGGCAUUGUUGCGGCUCUUCCUCUGUCUGCGACUCUCAUCCUCUGCUCUACCGUCCCAGCCUCAUAUGCCCAGUCCGUUACGGCGGAAUUACAGUCGCGGGGUCGCGGCGAUAUCCACUUUGUUGACGCCCCAGUAUCCGGUGGUGCCAAGCGGGCCGCUGAUGGGACACUAUCUAUCAUGGCUGGUGCACCAGAUGCUGCGUUAGAAAGUGGGCGAUUUUUGCUCCAGGCCAUGUCUGACGUUACCAAAUUAUAUUUGGUUCCUGGAGGUAUUGGUGCUGGAAGCAACAUGAAAAUGGUGCACCAAGUACUUGCGGGUAUCCACAUUCUUGGUGCCAGUGAGGCGAUGGGAUUUGCCGCACAACUUGGCUUGGAUGCGACCACAACAGCAGAGGCAAUCAAGUCAUCAGCAUCGUGGUCGUGGAUGCAUGAGAACCGUCUCCAGCGUCUUUUGGAAGAAGACUGGCACCCUGGUGCCAGUGCUCUUACAAUUAUCCUGAAGGAUGUUGGAAUUAUCACAACCUCCAGUCGCCAGAACCAGUUCCCUACCCCCCUCUGCACCACCGCUGAGCAGGUCUAUCUGUCUGCUCUUCUACAAGGAUACGGACCCGUCGACGAUGCUUCUAUGGUCCGACAAUAUCACUCUGAGCCUGUUUUGAAGGUGAAAAAUACUAAGUCGGCCGAGGAGACGGCCGAGGCCCAAAAACUAGUUUUGGAUAUGAUGGAAGUGACAAAUCUUGUUGCCGCCGCGGAAGCUAUUGCAUUUGCGCGCUAUCUUCAUGUUGACCUCAAGCAGUUCCAUGAGCUGGUGACUGAAGCUGCGGGUGCCAGUCGGCAAUUCAUCACAAAGGGAUUGGAGAUGAUUGAAGAAAGAUUUGGCCAAGGUUCGGGCUCAGAGACAAUUGAUGGCGCUAUUUCCCGGCUGGACAAGGCCGUGCAGAAGGCGAGAGACUUGCAUUGCCCGUUGCAUCUCGGAAAUGCGGCAAUCAACACCUUGUUCCUGGCCAAGCGACAUGGACUAGGAGCUGAAAGCAGUUCCAGCGUCAUUAAAGUGUUCGGUCGCGAUUAA